CCCCGAUCCACAUUAUGUCUUCAUAGGAUCAAACGACACAGAAAUGUGAGCAUGUCAUCCUCAGAUUAAACUUUGCCAUCACAAUCCAUCGUAAUGCUUGUAGAACUCAUGGUUUGGGGAACCCUUGGAAUUACUCAACGAUCCUAGAUAGACUACUCCGCGAUCGGCGUACUUUCAACAACAUACUUCGUUGUCGGCGUUCUCCGAUCCUCGAGGACUUUGAAUUCGGAUAUUGCAGGGCCAGGCCAGGGUCUACCCCACGCUAAUUCGACAGCAUCCCCGCCAUAGCUUCGCAACUGUCCUCGACCACUUCUCUUAAUUCCUAUUUUUCUUUCAACUUCACUGAUUCAUCCAAUCCGAACGAGACAUAACUUAGUUUACCUUUCAAUCGUUAUGGAGAUUCACACUGUCUCUCUAAAUGAUAUCAAAGAUGUCGCGACUAACACAUCUCGCGUUAUACCAACAGAUGAUAUAGAUAGUACUUUCAAGUCGCAAUACACAGACCUCAUAUCUGCCCCUCUCGGUUCCAAAAUCCUCUCCUUUAGCGAUGAAUGGUUCGCUGCCGCUGAGAACCUCACAACACCCACCCCACCCAUCCGCAGACCAGGUGUCUUCACGCAUGCUGGGGCAUGGUAUGAUGGCUGGGAAACACGGCGUCACAAUACUGAGCCCGCAGAUUGGGUCGUCAUUCGAUUGGGUACGGCGAGUGGGAAGGUAGCGGGAGUGGAGAUCGAUACUGCGUUCUUCAACGGGAACCACGCGCCCGAGAUAGCUGUCGAGGGGGCUUUUAUCACAGACGAAAAGGAAGAGGAGGAGGUCAAAAAAGCCAAUUACGAUGGCUGGGAAACGAUAUUAGCGAAACAGGAGUGCGGACCCAGCCAAAGACAUGGCUGGCUCCUCAACGAGAUUACUGAGAAAGCAUAUACCCACGUUCGACUCCUCAUGUACCCCGACGGCGGAAUAGCACGUUUCCGCCUCUACGGCGUCGCGGUCCCCGUCUUCCCCAGCGACACCAGCGCUAUCAUUGAGCUCAGUGCCACGGUGAUGGGCGGCGUUGCAACGUCCUGUUCAGAUCAGCACUUCGGCACAAAAGACAAUCUCUUGCUUCCUGGCCGUGGAAAAGAUAUGGGCGAUGGGUGGGAAACGAAGCGCACGCGUGGUGAACACGUAGAUUGGGCCAUAGUUCGACUCGGUGCUAAGGGGGAGAUCGAUCACAUUGUUAUCGACACAGCGCACUUUAGAGGUAACUUUCCGCAGAAAGUACAGGUAUUUGCAGGAAGCUUCGACAAGAAUCCCGGGCAUGCGGAUGCGGGGUGGGCAGAAGUGCUGGAGCCGCAGAAGAGUGGGCCAGAUAAGGAGCAUAUUUAUAAGGAGGAGUUGAAGGAUGUCAAGGGGAGGGGUUAUAGCCAUGUGAAGUUGGUCAUUAUCCCCGAUGGUGGAGUGAAGAGGUUUAGGGUAUUUGGGAAAAGGGUGUGAGGAUCCUGGAGAUUACUGGUAUUGAUACAAAGAAAUACCAAAACACUUAAGCUUACUUGACUUUCGACUCCACUCUAAUAACACUGAUCGAGGCAAGGUAGGGCGUGCCAGAAAAGCUG